AUGUCUGACGAGGACCACGACUUCGCGCACCAGGGCGGUGGCGACAACGCGUCAAAGACGUAUCCCAUGGCCGCUGGCGCCUUGAAGAAGGGCGGCUACGUGUGCAUCAACGGCCGUCCGUGCAAGGUGAUUGACCUGUCCGUGUCGAAGACCGGCAAGCAUGGUCACGCUAAGGUGAGCAUUGUCGCGACUGACAUUUUCACUGGCAACCGCCUCGAGGAUCAGGCCCCGUCCACGCACAACGUAGAGGUGCCGUUUGUAAAGACCUUCACGUACAGCGUGUUGGAUAUCCAGCCCAACGAAGACCCCUCUCUUCCAUCUCAUUUGUCGCUGAUGGACGAUGAGGGCGAGAGCCGCGAGGAUCUCGAUAUGCCCCCGGAUGCGGCCCUGGCAACUCAAAUCAAGGAGCAGUUCGACUCCGGCAAGGAGGUGCUAGUUGUGGUUGUGUCUGCAAUGGGCACUGAGCAGGUGCUGCAGACGAAGAAUGCUGCGGAGAAGUAG